AUGAGCUACUACUACGGCAACUACUAUGGUGGCCUUGGCUAUGGUCUUGGUGGCUUCGGUGGCCUGGGCUAUGGCUAUGGCUCCAGCUAUGGCCUUGGAGGCUAUGGUGGCUAUGGCUAUGGCUAUUUCCAUCCCUCUUUCUAUGGAAGAUACUGGUCCUCUGGAUUUUACUGA